UCACGCGUAUCAAAACUUCGUGAAAUAGAAUAAUUUCAUUUAUAAUUACAUUUAUUGUAGCUUAACAGUGUAAAAAUAUUAAAACAGUGAACGUUAUGGUGCAUAGUGUAUAGUUGGACUUGAAUAUCGUGUACUACGUUUGUUAAAAUGGAUCCUUUCACUCAGCGUAUGUUAGAAAGAGCGCGGGCCCGACAGGAGAAGAUAGAUCAGAAGCUGGCGAACUCCGGACAAGUGGUUCCCAAACGGAAGCCGUUAACAGAAAACGCCGUAAAUAAAACUCAGUCGCCCGUGAAAUCGCCACUCAAGAGCUCGCACGAAUCUAAAGCGACAAGAGAGAUCUCAAAAGCCGAUAAGUCUAGCCCGAAGAGUCCGCGGAGCGACGUGGUGGUGACGAAGCGGGAGUUCCAGAGCCCGCGGCGCGCGAGCGGGGCGCGGCGCAACUCCGACGUGUCGGUGGAGAUCAACAUCUCGCACCGCAACGACAUCCAGAUCGAGGUGCAGGUGGAGGAGCGCGACGCGCCCAUCGCCGUGCUCUACAACCCCGCGCAGACAGCCACACACAGCAAUGUCAUCAUCAAAGAGGUUGAAGACGACACAUCUACUUCAGUAGACAAGAAUACUGACAUGGCUGAUACAAAAGCUGAUAAAGCUGGACUCCGACAUAAUGUCAGAUCCAGGCUAGACAAAUUGGCGAACCUAUAUUCAGACAAACCAUUGUCUUCUCCUAUUCAUCAGACAGAGCAGGACUUUGCCCUGGAGCCCCAACAACCUACGACUGAGACCGCCAAACCUAAGACUGACAACAAGAAAAAAUUUGGCAGACUAGCAGCUCUGGCAGACCAAAUAAACAACUGGGAAGAUGACUUGACUCACCAUACUUUUCAACCAGAGAGCAAGUCUGCCCCGAGCAAAAAAACCAAAGAGGAGAAGUUGGAAGCGUCCACCCUGGAUGUGUCCAUACACUCCAUCAAUGACAUCAGUAGGGUGCUACGGACUACCCCGGCCAAAUCUAGCAAGCCGAAGCCCAAAGACGCGCACACGUUCGUGCGGCCCGCGGUCAACGAGUGCCAGCGGCUGGAGAAGAAGAUUGUUGCUGAGCUGGAGGGUGAGGGGUUCCGCCGCUCGGCCGGCCGAUCGCGCCUCGUGUACGAUUUCGCUCCGACACCCGACCCCGACCGACAGGACGCGAGUGCAUCCGCGCCCCCCGGUGCAGUUGCGGCUCCCGAUAUGGCGGCGAUGGCGGUAUCCAACCCCACCGUGGCGAAAAAACCCUCGAUAAAAAAAUAUAAGGCUCCCACGCCGCCCGGCUGCGACGAGAUAUGUGACAGCGAGAGGGACAAGGAGAACAAGGAGGAGGCGGAGGCUGAGCGGGCGGCCGGCGAGGGCGCCCCGGCCCCGGAGCCGCCGGCCGGCUCGCCCCGGAGGUUCCCGCCGCGGCUCAACGGCGCCGACCGCUCCUCCGUGCUGUCGAAGGCGGCUAUGUUCGAGGCGGGCAGCCCGCGCGGCCGCGACCCCGCCGAGAUGUCGCUGCGGGAGCGCAAGGCCCUGUUCGAGAAGAAUAAGGGCGCCGCCAUCGUCCCCAAGGCGCCCUUCGGCCUCGCGCCCUCCGCCAAGGCGCUACACCCCGACAGCAAAGACAAACCGGCCAAGCCGGUGCAAGCUAAGACCCCGACCAAGAGUAAUUCGGAGAAAAAUUCUAGAACCAAUUCGAACUCGUCGCUCGCCGACGACAAUAUAAGCCAGAGCUCCCUCGGGGGAGGGAUCAAGGGGAAGCUGGCCGCUCUGUUCAACAAGGAGCAGACGAUAAGCGAGACGACGAUAGCGAACAAGUUCAAGCAGGAGAGGGACAAGGAGAUGGCGAUGCUGCAGAACAGAUUCCAUUAUAAGAAGCCCCAAAAGGAUGAGUCGGACGAGGAGCACAGCGAGCACGAGGGCGCGCCGCUCAUGGGCAGCGCCCCUGCCGCGCCCCACCGGAAACCCGAGAUCGUCGCCAACAUACCCAAGACGCAGCCCGACCACGACGCCGCGAGGGCGGACCAGGACAAAAUACAGGAUGACAAGGUGGUCGGUGCGCAGCCCGUCAAGAGGAGAAGUUCGCAGGACUCUCAAAUAGUCCUGAACGUCCUGGAGGAAGUGAAGCGGGUGAAAGUGAACGGCAAGGAGGCGGGGGCGGGGCAGGGGGCGGGGCUGUACCCGCGCCUGCCCGACGCCGACCGCAGCGACGACGACUGCGCCGGCUCAAGUGUGGAGGAUAUCCCGGACAAGCUGAACAAGUCAGACAACUGGGCGGAGACCUCCUUCGGCAGGGAAGUCAUGAAUAUCGUGAAGCGCAACAACAGCAGCUACAAGAAGGCGGUGGCGUCGGAGUCGGAGUCGGAGUACGAUAGCGAGCUGGACGACCUGCUCGACGAGGCGCUGGACGACGAGGGACCCACUCCGCCUAAGCAGAAUAAGCAAAGCGGGCUGUCGUCAUCGAGUUUCGUGUACCAGGAGCAGGGGGCGUUCCGCUCGCCGCUGAAGACCACGCCCGCCGCCCCUGCCACGCCCGCUACCCCCGCCGCACCCCCCACCCGCGCGCACGAGCUAGUGCACAGUGUCAGCUUCUAUCGCCGCAUGCAGGCCAACAGCACGCCAUCGACGCCAGUGCGUACAAUCCGUCACGCGUCGCCGGAGCACGAGGCCACGCCCUCCGAGCCGCCCGCCGCGGUCACCGUGCGCCAGCGCAUCAAGGAGCUGCAAGCGGAGAUCAACAAGCAGAACACCGUCAUAUCUCAGGCGAGUCAGGCCUUAAACCUCUGCGCCGCCACCGUCGAGUUCAGCGGAUCCACGGAGCAGGCGGAGGGGGAGAGACUCCUGCUGCUAGCGACUCAUCGUCGCCAAGCGUGCGUGCACGAGGUGCAGCGGCUGCAGGUGGAGGGCGCCGGCCCGGCCGCCGCCGCCGGCGCCGCCGAGCUGCGCCUCUCCGGCAUCCGCAUACCGCUGCGCCGCGACUACGUGCGCCAGUUGCACGCAGACGGCGCGGUCGGCCACCACGCGGUGUGCCUUCUGAAGUGCCGCGACCGCGUGCUGGCGACGUCCAUGCAGCUGACGUCGCCGCAGCCGCUGCACUUCGCCGACGACGUGCGCAUGGACGGCCUCGCCAGCGACUUCAAGGUCACCGUCGAGGUCUACCUGCUGCAGGCCUCCAAGGAGCUGCUGCCGCACGACGUCAAGUACCACAUAUCCAACAAGAAGGGCAACUCGAAGCUGCUGACGCCCAAGUCGAAGGUGUCGGAGCUGAAGACGCCGCGCGUGCAGAGCCCGGCGGGCCCGGGCGCCGUGCGCGCGCCGCAGUUCCAGCUGCACGGGUACUGCAUCUUCGCGCUGGCGCAGGCGUCGCGUCGCAGCUUCACGCUCAACAAGGUGCCCGCCGGCAGCCCGCUGGAGGGCGCGCUACACGUGGACAUCUCCGCACGCGUGCGCCGCCCCCCGCCCCAGCCGCACGCCGCCUUCCUCACCGCCUACGACGACGUCAGCGGCCUCGGCGCCUGGCACCGCCGCUGGUUCCGCCUCGAGGCGCCCGUGCUCUCCUACUGGAAGUACCCCGAGGACGUUCAGAAAAAGAUCCCGAUAGGCGACAUCGACCUGUCGGCGGUGGUGUCGGAGCGUGUGGUGGCGGCGCCGCGCGACCUGUGCGCGCGACCGCACACGCUGUUGCUGGAGACGCUGGCGGGCGAGGAGGGGGCGGAGCGGGAGGGUGGGUCGCUGGUGCUGGCGCGCGGGCCGGACGGCCGCCUGCGGCGCCGCCACCUGCUGGCCGCGGACGGCGCGCGUGACCGCGACCUGUGGCUGACGCGCCUCAACGACGCGCUCGAGUACGUGCGCUGCACGCAGCCCGCCGACGCCGACCAGCCGCCCGCGUAAUGUGUGCGCGUGUAACUUCGAGCGCAUUCGGCCAAGCAAAAACGAAAUGACUUCUGAAGACUUUUUUCAAUUAUGUUUAACGCAGUUUUAAUAAUUAUUCCACCAAUCAACACACAAAGACCAAACAAAACUCGUUUAUGUUCGGUCGAAUGCGGUCUGUAAGUACCAACAUGUGUUUUGCGUGCGAGAAUGGUUGCAUCGUCACAGUGUAAAAUAGUUGUGACUUGUGAUAUUCUGUUUCGAGAGCACGACAAUGCUCGCUCCUGCUAAUUUGUACUACGCGUAUGCUCGAUUAUGUGUCCUGGUCAGUUGUAACUUGUAACAGAACAACGGAGACGAUUGGAAUGAACGUACCUGUUUUAACGAAUAUAUAGUCGCUUGUUAUCCACCUAGAAUCUAGAUUAUAUGUACGAUUAACAGAUAGGCCGGAUAUGCCUGUUAUCUGUGUGUUGCUAUUUGAAAUAGCAAGUUUUGUGGUGUGAAUGUCAUUUUUAUCAAUGAAGUAAUCUGAUUGGAUUUUAUAGCUUUAGUUUUAGAUUAUUUUAGAAUAACAAAGUAUUAUUAUUAAUAUAUUUAAGGUUCGAUAUUACUACUAUAUUUGCAGGUUUUAAAUAAAAAUUGUAUACACUCAAAAAUAAUUAUGCUUGUAUAAUAUCAUCACAAUAUCUUGAGAAUGGAAUUUAAGGCAAAUUAAAUGAAACAAUUAAUUUAUACGUGUAAGUCCUUGAAUGUACAAACAACAGGAAACAGAAAUUCUAUUUUAAGGAGCGAAAUUAUAAAUUGUUAUUAUUAAUGAUUUGCGUAUUCGUACAUAACCGCCUUAUGUGCUAUUUUAACAUAUCUAUGUAUUUUAGUAUAACUAUAAGGUUUUAUUUUAGACUACCGACAGGUACUGAUUUCUAUGACAAACUUUAACUAUACGUUAGUAAUAGUAUUGUGAGUAUUUUAUUAGUGUAAUAUUCGAAUGCGAAUGCAAUAAACUAACCUACCAAUAUGCAAUGUGUACAUAGUCGACUACAACAAUAUAUUACUGAAAGUAC